GCCUUCUCUUCUCUUCUCUUCUCAUCUGGGCACUUGGCCGCUGUUCGUUGCAUUGUUGAGUUGUGCUGCGAGGCGAUGAGAGCUUGUACAAGGCUCGGCCGCAGUCCAUGCGCUUACGUCUCAGCUCGGGCUUGUGUCCGCGAGAAGUCGGUGCUCGCUUUUGUGGGCUCUGCUGAGUGAGAGAUUGGCACGCCUGUGGGCCACGUAAAAAGCCAGACGAUGCAGGUGGCAUGCUGAUGUGUGCUGCGAGAGCCGAGUCGCAGAUGGAAACUCUUCUCUGAGGGUGGUUAGAUGGGCAGAGUUGGGAAAGUGAGAUUUGGUGUCAGCUUGCACUCCCGAUUGGCGGGCUCCCCGCCUCUCGAUCGCAGGUCCAUCGAUGAAUCGGACCCUCUUGGCCCCGACGUAGGUCACGAAGUGUGAGGUUGAGGAUUUUUGACGGCGCUGCGCCUGUCAGCUUUGCGAAUUGAACCGAGCGAGCUGGCGGAGGAUUUGUGAUGAGAGAGGUUGGGGUUGAAAGCCAUCUUCCAGCGUCUGAUCUAGGAUACUCGUUCGGCCACUCUGUCACGCACAAACUCUGCCAGGAAUGGCUUCUGCAGAUAGAAUUAGAUUUGACCAACAGUAGGAUAACCUACGGAGCUGUGAAAUGGGCCAUCUCCGAACUGCAGCGCAUGGAGGACAAUGAUUGGUAUUCGGGCGAUGACUCGGUAGACAGAGGGUCGAGUUCGAGUAGAAGUGACGAUGUGGGGGAGUGGAACAGCGGCUCGAGUAGAUUACCGUCCGACUCGGUGAAUGCAGGCUGGGGACGGGACCAAUUUUCAGCGGAAAAUGGAGUAGAAGGCGCGAGAAUAGACUUGGUGGAUUGGAGGAAUCUGUUGAUUGCGGCAGGGGGGUGCAGGGAAGAGCCGGACCACGGAGACCUGAACAAUGAGGGAGACAGGAGAGCCAGAGUGACCAAGUUUUCAUUCUCGAGCGCGCUGAAGGAGGCAUUGAUUGCAGCGGAAGGAGGCAAGGCAGGAGGCAGAAUGGCCGAGCGCAUCAACUCGAGAUUCGAGCUGCCCGAGUGCGUCUUCCUUACCAAACUCGUCAGCCAAUGCUUGCUCGUUAGCCUGGACCAGACGCCGUCCAGUGACACUUGUGCAGCUCUGACCUCCGCGCGAAACGAGGAACCGAACGCGGACUGGAUGUGGCUGCACAGAUGGUUCGUCAGGACUCUGAUUCCGGGCGCAGGAAGCGACUCGUGCUACGAUGCGCUCGACUGGUUGGUCGCCCACAUGACCGCUUCUCGGGGAACCAUCACCAAGCUCGUUCUCGAUGACCUCCUGGCGGACUUGUCGAAUUUCAACGAAGGUGAUGAGCAGCCGCGUGUGGCAACUUACAUCCGUCGGACUGGUGUUUUGGAGUACGCCGCUCUUAGAAAUCCCGACAAGAAAUUAUGAGAACCUUUCGUCAUCUGUGUCUCCAUGGUGUUCGCAGCAUCUUCACCUAAAGAAUGGGAAGGCUGCCGCGUUCUGUCUCGGUGGAAGGAGGAGUCUUUGACCUCCUGUCUUCCCGGAUUGAUUGGUGCCCUUGCUCAUCUCUGGAUCUCUUUUUUUUAUGGAAGACAUGGAGCUUUUAGUCGGGGGCUAGACUGAAUUUCUACCGUCGUUCAGGAUUAUACUUGCGCGCAAGAACUUCGCCUUGAAAGUUUUGGAACGCGCUGUCAUGCUUGUUUCUCGCGCGAAAAGCAGUCUUUGUAGGAACGGAGAUGAGGAUGUACGUCUUGAUGUUGUCUUAAAGCGCAACGUGCACCUCUGAAACCGAAAGCUUGGGGGGCAUUUAUUUUCCACCUUCUGGGCUUGGGCCUUGACCAAACGCGGUUUGUAAAUCUCUACAUGGCGAGGCCUCCGCUCGUCGCAAGAUGUAUAGAGAGGGAGCAAUUGUUACUAUAUUGAACAAGGCGUGGCACGGGUAGAAGAAUAAUCCGAGUACGUACGUCACCCGUAGUGCUAGUUUUCUCUUGUUUCCGAGCAGAGCGCGCAAUUUGCUUGGCGAUUUGUCGUAGCGAGUACAGUUUUGCUGUGUAGAUUGUUCCAUUAUUUCCACCAAUAAUAAACAAAUCCGAUUUUGAC